AUGUUACCGCCUAAAGGCGUAGGAAACUAUGGACAUUCUUGUAAAAAUACAAAUUCAUUUCAGUAUCACAUGUGCAAGAUACUGUGCAUAGUACAGAUAUGCUUUCUCUUCAACUUAAUCGACAAAAAUAUGUUGCAAUCUGUUGCUAGAUCUUAUAUUUCUUAUAUUGAUAUAGUUAGAAAGCGACACAGUUCAUUUCUUCUAUUCUAUGACUACUCUAACAAGAAAGAUCAGAAAGUUGAAAAGAUAUCAGAUCCGAAGUGA